AUGAGCGGAAAAGAUACAGUUGUAAUCUCCGACGAAGAAUCAGAGCUGAAAAAGCGCGGGUACGCCCUUGGAACUACGCUUGGAGAAGGGUCAUACGCAAAAGUUAAGAGUGCCUUCAGUGAAAAACUUCAGUUAAGGGUCGCUAUCAAAAUAAUCAACAGGAAAAAGGUCCCAAGAGAUUUUAGAGAGAAGUUUUUGCCGAGAGAAUUGAAAAUAUUCGCUGCUGUUGAGCACAAGAACGUUAUUAAGAUGUACGAGCUCAUGGAGUUCCAUAACAAGGUGUACAUAGCUAUGGAGCACGCGGGCCACGGGGACUUGCUCGAGUACAUCAAGUUACGUGGCGCCAUCCCGGACGAGAGGGCUAAACAGAUGUUCAGACAGGUGGCCAGCGCCAUCAGCUACCUCCAUAACAUCAGCAUCGUCCACAGAGACCUUAAGUGCGAGAACUUACUACUGGACAACCAGGGCAAUGUCAAGGUCACGGACUUCGGAUUCGCGCGCAAUUUUAUGGCGGGUGACAUCAGCAAGACAUUCUGCGGAAGCGCGGCGUACGCGGCGCCGGAAAUCCUCCAGGGGAAGCCGUACAACAUGCCGCUGCAUGACGUCUGGGCCAUGGGAGUCAUCCUGUAUAUUAUGGUAUGCGGCUCCAUGCCGUACGACGACUCCAACAUCAAAAAAAUGGUCAAAGACCAGACGGAGAAGAAAGUGGCGUUUUCAAAGCACAAGAAGGUCUCCGAGGAAUGCCAGAGCUUGGUGAACGCCAUUCUGGAAGUCAACUGUAAAAAGCGCCUCCCCAUGUCCCUUAUAUUGACACAUAAAUGGCUGGAAAUGCCAACGUGUAGCAAUGAGCAGCGAUAG